AUGGCACAUCCUAUCGUACAGUACACGUCGCCCUCCUCAUGGGCCAUGGUAGAGGACAAGUUCUCCCCGUUCGCGCGCGAGACACUCGACAAGCUCAUCAAGUUCCUCGAGGAGGAAGUCGCCCCCGCGCGUAAUGUGGCACUGGCCCAGCUCCCCGCCGGCCCUGAACGCUGGAAGACGAUCAUCCCCGUUACUGAGGAUCUCAAGGCCAAGGCGAAGAAGCUAGGACUUUGGAACCUCUUCUUGAGCAAGGCGCACUACCCUGAACACGGAGUACCGCUCACUAACCUCGAGUAUGCGGUCAUGGCUGAGCUGCUCGGCCGGUACGGCAACAUUGCUUCUGAGGCAACUAACUGCGCCGCUCCGGACACCGGAAAUAUGGAGGUGCUGGCGAGGUACGGUAGCCCUGAACAGCAAAAGAAAUGGCUGCUGCCUUUGCUGGACGGGAAGAUUCGUUCCGCAUUCGCUAUGACAGAGCGUUUCGUCGCCUCAUCGGAUGCCACGAACAUUCAGACGUCUCUCGUCAAAGAGGGCAACCAGAUUGUGAUCAAUGGCCAUAAGUGGUUUGCCUCCGGCGCAGGCGACCCGCGUUGCUCUAUCUACCUGGUCAUGGGUAAGAACGACCCAAACAAUGCGAGCCCGCACAAGCAGCAGUCUGUCGUGCUUGUUCCAGCCGACACACCUGGCGUCACGGUCGUGCGCCACAUGGGUGUCUUCGGUUACGAUGACGCGCCGCACGGUCAUUCAGAGAUUAUCUUCAAGGAUGUGCGUGUACCGCUGGAGAACCUCGUUCUCGGUUGGGGUCGCGGAUUCGAGAUCAUUCAGGGCCGUCUGGGCCCUGGGCGUAUUCACCAUUGCAUGCGCUCCAUUGGCGUCGCCGCACAAGCGCUGGACACCAUGAUCCUACGUGUCACAGACCCGUCGCGCAAGACGUUCGGGAGGGUUCUCUACGAGCAUGGCACUGUGGUAUCCGAUAUUGCCAGCUCACGCGCAGAAAUCGAAGGCGCGCGUUUGCUCGUCUACAGCGCCGCUCUUCAGAUAGACAAGGCGCAAGCGAAGGGUGCAUUGAAGGAAAUCGGCAUCGCCAAGUUCACGGUGCCCUCGAUGGCGCUCCAAGUCGUCGACCGCGCCAUACAGUCCUUUGGCGCUAUGGGUGUCAGCCAAGAUACAUUCCUCGCUUCGGACUGGGCUAACCUUCGAACCUUGCGGAUUGCCGACGGCCCGGACGCAGUCCAUCUUCAGCAGAUUGGCCAGCGCGAGCUUAAGCGCGCCACUCAAUUGCGCACUAAGGACGGGGAAAAGAAGAAGCGUGAGGAGGCGCUCUUGAAGAAGUACAACGUCAAGGCUCGCCUCUAA